ACGCGUCUAUCAAUUGUUUUUCAACAUUUUAUCAACUUUUAAUGUGUACCCGUGCGCGUUUGCGUGAAUAUAGUGCGAAAACUGUUAAACAGUCAAAACGCCGCGUUGCAUGAAAUCAAACAAGUGCGCAUGCAACAGCAACAGCAACUGCACCACCAGCAACUGCACCUAACGAAACAGCCACAAAAUGAUGAUGGAGAACGGUAUCUCCAUGGAGUACGGCGAUGGCUACAUGGAGCAGGAGGAGGAAUGGGAGCGCGAGGGAUUGCUCGAUCCGGCGUGGGAGAAGCAACAGAAGAAGACAUUUACCGCGUGGUGUAACAGUCAUUUGCGUAAAGCUGGCACCGCCAUCGACAAUAUCGAGGAGGACUUCCGCAAUGGCCUUAAGCUGAUGCUGCUGCUGGAGGUGAUCUCUGGCGAGACGCUGCCCAAGCCCGAUCGCGGCAAGAUGCGUUUCCACAAAAUCGCGAAUGUGAACAAGGCGCUGGACUUUAUUGCAUCGAAGGGCGUCCAUCUGGUGUCCAUUGGCGCUGAGGAGAUCGUCGAUGGCAAUCUGAAAAUGACGCUCGGCAUGAUCUGGACGAUCAUUCUGCGCUUCGCCAUCCAGGACAUUUCGGUCGAGGAGAUGACCGCCAAGGAGGGUCUGCUAUUGUGGUGCCAGCGCAAGACGGCGCCCUACAAGAAUGUCAACGUACAGAACUUCCAUCUCUCGUUCAAGGACGGUCUGGCAUUCUGUGCCCUCAUCCAUCGUCAUCGUCCAGAUCUGAUCGACUAUGCCAAGCUAUCCAAAGACAAUCCUCUGGAGAAUCUGAACACUGCCUUCGAUGUUGCUGAGAAAUAUCUAGAUAUUCCAAGGAUGUUGGAUCCAGAUGAUUUAAUCAACACUCCGAAACCGGAUGAACGUGCCAUCAUGACGUACGUCUCCUGCUACUAUCACGCCUUCCAGGGAGCCCAACAGGUUGGAAAUGUGACGCAUGUACCCGAACCCACAAGACAAUACACCUACGUCCCGAAUAAUUACAAUGCGGAAACGGCGGCAAAUCGUAUUUGCAAGGUGCUCAAGGUUAACCAGGAGAAUGAACGCCUCAUGGAGGAGUACGAGCGUCUGGCCAGCGAUCUGCUGGAAUGGAUUCGCCGCACAAUGCCAUGGCUGAACUCGCGCCAGGCGGACAACUCGCUGGCCGGCGUACAGAAGAAGCUCGAGGAGUACCGCACGUACCGUCGCAAGCACAAGCCGCCACGUGUUGAGCAGAAGGCAAAACUCGAAACUAACUUUAACACGCUGCAGACGAAACUGCGUCUGUCCAACCGUCCAGCCUACUUGCCCACCGAGGGCAAGACCGUGUCUGAUAUCUCAAAUGCCUGGAAGGGCCUCGAGCUGGCCGAGAAGGCGUUCGAGGAAUGGCUACUGGCUGAGACCAUGCGCCUGGAGCGUCUCGAACAUCUGGCCCAGAAGUUCAAGCAUAAGGCCGAUGCUCACGAGGACUGGACACGCGGCAAGGAGGAGAUGCUGCAGUCCCAGGACUUCCGUCAAUGCAAGCUCAACGAGCUGAAGGCCCUCAAGAAGAAGCACGAAGCCUUUGAGUCUGAUCUGGCCGCCCACCAGGAUCGCGUCGAACAAAUCGCCGCCAUUGCCCAGGAGCUGAACACUCUGGAGUAUCACGAUUGCGUGUCGGUGAAUGCGCGCUGCCAGCGCAUCUGCGAUCAGUGGGACCGCCUGGGUGCCCUGACCCAGCGCCGUCGCACCGCUUUGGAUGAGGCUGAGCGCAUAUUGGAGAAGAUCGACAUCUUGCAUUUGGAGUUCGCGAAGCGUGCGGCGCCGUUCAACAACUGGCUGGACGGCACACGCGAGGAUCUGGUGGAUAUGUUCAUAGUGCACACCAUGGAAGAAAUACAGGGCCUGAUCCAGGCGCACGAUCAGUUCAAGGCGACGCUCGGCGAGGCCGAUAAGGAGUUCAAUCUGAUUGUGAAUCUGGUGCGCGAGGUGGAGUCGAUUGUCAAGCAGCACCAGAUACCCGGCGGCCUGGAGAAUCCCUACACGACCCUGACGGCCCACGAUAUGACACGCAAGUGGACCGAUGUCCGCCAGCUGGUGCCGCAGCGCGACCAGACGUUGGCCAACGAGCUGCGCAAGCAGCAGAACAACGAGAUGCUGCGCCGCCAGUUCGCCGAGAAGGCCAAUGUGGUCGGUCCCUGGAUCGAGAUGCAGAUGGAUGCCGUGACAGCGAUAGGCAUGGGUCUGCAGGGCUCCCUCGAGGAUCAGCUGCAUCGCCUCAAGGAGUACGAGCAGGCCGUGUACGCAUACAAGCCGAACAUUGAGGAGCUCGAGAAGAUCCAUCAGGCCGUACAGGAGUCGAUGAUCUUCGAGAACCGCUACACGAACUAUACGAUGGAAACGCUGCGCGUCGGCUGGGAGCAGUUGCUCACCUCGAUCAAUCGCAACAUUAACGAGGUGGAGAACCAAAUACUGACACGCGACUCCAAGGGCAUCAGCCAGGAGCAGCUGAACGAGUUCCGUUCCAGCUUCAAUCAUUUCGAUAAGAAUCGCACCGGCCGCCUGACGCCCGAGGAAUUCAAAUCGUGCCUCGUCUCGCUGGGCUACUCGAUCGGCAAGGAUCGCCAGGGCGACAUGGACUUCCAGCGCAUCCUGGCCGUUGUCGAUCCCAACAAUACAGGCUAUGUUCACUUCGAUGCCUUCCUCGAUUUCAUGACCCGCGAGAGCACCGACACCGACACCGCCGAGCAAGUCAUUGAUUCCUUCAGAAUCCUGGCAGCCGACAAGCCAUACAUAUUGCCCGAUGAGCUGCGCCGCGAAUUGCCACCAGAUCAGGCCGAGUACUGCAUCCAGCGCAUGCCCCCCUACAAGGGACCCAAUGGAGUGCCCGGCGCCCUGGACUACAUGUCGUUCAGCACAGCUCUCUAUGGCGAGACCGAUUUGUAAACGCACUCGAUCAUCCACUCUACAAGCACACUUCACACAGACACACACACACAAACACACACACGAACACCCGCACACAAACACACACAUACAGAGAUAUACACAAACACACACACACACACGCACUCACUCACUCACACACACAGAGAGCUCGUCGGGUGGCAAUCAGGCCGCAAAAGAAAAAA